AUGUCUGACGCCACCACAACAACAGCUACUAGUGGUGGCAGAGUCGAUAACAGCCAUUCGGUGGUCUCCAAUGAUAUACUCAUAACCUCAGACUGCCGUACUCAUAUACUAACAGGGCCGAAUUACUCUGGCAAGAGUGUUCUACUUAAACAGAUAGGCUUAACGGCAGUGAGUCGAGAGUCAGGUCCAACUAAGCAAUGCCGCAUGCAACUCCUAACACAACUCUUCGCCCGAAUGGCUAGCUCCGAUCAGAGGAUACCAAAGUUCGUUAGUGCUGGGGAGAGAAGGCAAUUAGAGGACAUCGUCAGAUCAAGCACCCUCCUCUCAACCUUCACCAGGGAUGCCCAUGAGGUAUCUGUGGCGCUCGCCAACUGUAGCCGUACUUCUCUGAUACUAUUGGAUGAGUUUGGUAAGGGUACAUCCCCUAUUGAUGAGGUUAGUCUCCUUUCUGGUAUAGUCAAGUAUGCUUCUAUCGGCUUGAACAUCAACGCUCCCACUCUAUUACUCACUACCCAUUAUGCUACUGAGUUGUACACUUGGGGGCUCAUCAAGACCCCUCAGCAAUGUGUUGAUGAGGGCGACCAACAGAUGAAGAGGCAGAGGAAACACGCUGUUGGUAAGGCAUUGCCGUGCCGUUUAGCUGUUAUACCACCCAAGGACCGCGGUGCCUCGGUCGUGUAUCUGUAUAAGCUGGAACGAAAUAGGUAUUCACAAGCAUCGUACCCUAUUCAAUGUGCCGUGGCUAGUGGUGUAUGCUCUAGUGUCACUGAUAGAGCUGCCGAGGUACUCGAAUCUCUAAGGUCUGGCAAACCCUUGGCCAAGCCUCGAGACCCCGACGAGGGUACCCAUCAACCAAAACCCCAUGAUAUGACCGCCGAUCGAGGCAGCA